UUCUGGAUAGGCCUUGUGAUUUCUCUGCUGGAAAAAAAAGUAAUACUUAUAUUCUAAUUUAAUUCCAAUCAGAACAUCUUUAAAUUAUUUCUAGCAAUGACAUGUGCAAAGAUGUCAUGCUUUAAUGUAAUAUUAUCAACCAUCAUGGUACAUGUAAUGGUUUUCAUAGUAUUCCUUCUGUUUGUGUCCUGUUCUCAAGGAAACACCAGGAGUCUAUCAAAGGAUAAUGUACAUAACAACAAGGCAAUGUUGUAUGACAAGAUUCUGAAAAACUAUGACAACCGGAUUAUUCCAAAGUGUACAAACGACCCAGUCAACGUAUCUAUUCAGCUGGCACUGCGAGAGAUAGUAGACGUCUAUGAGCAACUGGAAAUCAUUAAGCUCCAAAUCUGGAUAAGACUAUCAUGGUUUGACUGCAACUUGGUCUGGAACCAAUCCGAGUAUGGUAAUACCUCCAGAAUUGUGGUUCCAAACAGUGACAUAUGGAUUCCUGACCUAAUUCUGCUGGACGGCGUGGACACCAUUGCCAACAUGCCGAAUAUGAAGCAGUAUCGAGCCCUCGUCCACAGUGAUGGAACUGUCCAAUUCAACUUCCAAACAGUGGUGCACACUGUCUGUCACUUGGACAUAAAGUACUACCCCUAUGAUAUCCAGAUGUGCGAUUUAUCAUUCAUGUCAUGGAUUUAUAAUGCUAUUGAUGUUGAUAUUCGGACACAGUCUGAUUCUGGGGAUCUAACACACUUCUCCUACAGCCAGGAGUUCAUUGCAACAAAAGUACUUGCUAAAAAUAUUACAGAAAACUACCAAUGUUGUGGCGGAGACUUUUCAAAAGUGACUUUCACAAUCAAAAUGAGGAGACGGCCAGUGUUCUUCAUGAUCACUACCGUGCUCCCUUUUUUUGUCGUUACCAUCAUAUCUUUUGCUGGCUUCGCUCUACCAUCCAUUUCCGGGGAGAAGAUCACUUUUCACACAACAAUAUUACUCGCCAUAAUCGUAUUUCUACUUUUGGUACAACAAGAGUUUCCAUCCACCUCUGAGACUUUCCCGAGAAUUGCCAUUUAUUUUUCCAUCAGCAUGAUGUUAAGUUGUGUGUCGUGUGUCAUGUCAGCGAUCGUGAUGUACAUAUUCUACAAUGACCUGAGUGGAAAGAAAAUGCACAGGUGGGUGAAACUGAUAUUCCUUGAUUGGCUCGGAAAACUAAUGCGUAUCAAAGAGAGAAACCUUCCUUACGAUAUGAAAAAGCCAAACGAUGAAAACAAGCUACAAUUGCGACCAAAAGUUGAACAGGAGAAGCUACGAAAAAGCAGAAAAAGUCGUAAAAGUCUAAAGGAGCUUGAAGGAACCAGUAUUAGUAUUACUGAAUUCAACGGCAUGUAUGAUAUAGAGAGUCUAUCUACAAGGUUUGAAACCGAUGAAGCUUCACCAAAACCGAAAACGAACAGCAACCAACCAAGUGACCUAACCAAGACAAAUGCGAACACAGAUGGCUCUGAUUCAGCAGGCGAUGGCAUUGAACUUAACAGAAAUGACCUUGAACCAUCCACCAGAAGAAUGAACGACUGGGAGUUGAUGGCCUACACGCUGGAUCGAUUCUUCACGGUGUUCUAUGUUUCUAUGACAGUCUUAAAUGCCAUGGUCUUCUUUAUUGUAAUGAAAUCCAAUGAAGCUGUUGAAUGAGACUGACUGUUUCCUAAAAACCAUAAUAUAGUAAAUCUAUCAUUCAAAGGUGAAUUGGGAAUGUCACAACAACAAAAAGACAUUGUCAGAAUGUCAGCUGCAGGCUAUGGUUAAUUUUACAAUAAUGUUUUUAUAAACUUCUGAUGUGUAUUUAUUCAUAUAUUUCAUAACAAUAUACUGUUUGCAAUUGUA